AUGCCCUCGGAUUCGCCUACCAGGCAAUAUGGGUACCCUCUGUUCGCCUUCGGGAGGUUUGCGAAGAAACAGGGCUCACCUGUCAAUGUACUAUACCACGAGCAAGAUGUGAUCAAGCCCGGGUGGACCAAAGUCGUUCGACCUAAUAACGACACCAUGUACUCGUCGAUUUUUUAUGACUUGUCGCAAUCUGACAUGGUCAUCUCUGUUCCCAAAUUUGAUGGCCGCUUCUGGUCCUUUUCUUUCUUCGACAUGUACGGUAACCACUAUGCGUCAGUCAUGGGUUUGGACGACCAUCGACCUGGCAAUUAUCGUCUCACUUUUGCCGAGGAUCAAUUUGGACUGCAUCUCAAAGGCAACGGUUCGGAAGAGCAAGGUGUACUCCAUUCCCCGACCCCGUACGGAGUGUGGACGGUGAGGAUCCUCUUGAAAGACCAGAAGGAUGAUGUGAAGAACGUCCAUGCGUUUCAAAAUCAGAUCAAGCUCAACAUGGUUCCUCGACUACACCCAACCGACGUGCCAGCUUUCGAUCUUCGCAUCUUCUCCGAGGUUGCAGGCUCCGCAGAGUCUCCUGUGUCUGAGCCGGAGCAGGUCUUGCGCUUGACAGCUGCUCUGUCCAGGUACAACUUGUCCGAAGUUGUGCAGGAUCGAGGCUGGAUCGCCCACGUCUUGGAGAAGGCGGGCAUCUGCGGUGAUGGGACAUUCGUUCAGCCACCACACACAUCCCUUGCCGCCGCAGUCGAGGCGGCAAACAUGUCGGUGAAGGCUCUCAAGAUGACUGCUGGCUUCGUGCGAAACCAAGGAAAUGGCUGGUACACGAAUGCCCCCAUGAUCUGUGGGAACUUCCGCUCCUUCUACCCUGCGCGGUAUCUGGUAGCGAUGCGUGGGUAUCUGGGAGUGUCAUCUGAUCAAGCCAUUUACCCGUCCUAUGUUCCGGCCGGGAGUACUGCAGAGAUACCAGAUGUCCAGGUUGGACCCAGACAAGCCAUCAAGUUUACCUUCAGUGGAGAGCCUUUGCUUCGACCUUUGGGAUUCUGGAGCUUGAGUCUGUACAACAAGGAUCAAUUGUUCGUCCCCAACCAGCUGGAGCAAUAUGCUCUAGGGGAUCGCAAUGACCUCAAGUGUAUCGAUGGAACGCCAUUGAAAGAUCGCAAGGACGGUAAGUUUGAGAUUUUGAUCCAACCGGCAGAUGUUCCACCUCCGAAGGCAUGGCACUCCAACUGGCUGCCAGCACCACCAGGAGGCGGUGAAAUCUCAUUUACUCUUCGCGUCUUUGGAUCGUCGCCCGCUAUGAGUGAUGGAUCGUACGAGUACCCUAAGGUCACGCUCAUGAAUGCGAUUACAGAAUAA